GAAUGGAAACACCGAAUCGUAACGGUAAAGUUGGUGGUUCCUUUUCUUCCUUCGUCACCCACCGCCACCAAGCAAGGAUCUUCUUCUAAACUCAGGAUAUUCUCUUUUCUCUAUCCUCAAAUUUCAUUACUUUAUAGUCCCCAACAAAUAAUUAUACCUUUCCGGAUGAAGAAGAAGAUCGAUGAAUUUUGCAUACUACAAAGUGAAUCAAUGCAGCAGCACUAGUUAGUUAUAUACAGAGCAGAGCCUGAUCUGAGUGAUCAAUCGAUUAUCAAUUAGAAUGCCUUCCAAAGGUGGUAUGCUUCCCAUAACCAGAGCUUUUCUUUCUUCUUACUAUGAUAAACACCAAUUUCCUCCCAUUUCCGACGACGUUUCCCGCCUUUCCCAACAGCUUCACACCUGUUCCGAUCAUCUGCGGAAGAUUUCCCUUCCGCUUCCAGAAGGAGAAAGAUUGUUGCUAAAAGAAGUGGAGAUGCAGCCACCACAUAAAAUUGAUGAGAAUAUGUGGAAAAAUCGAGAGCAGAUUGAAGAAAUCAUUUUCUUGCUAGAACGCUCUCAUUGGCCAAAAUCUCUUCAAGAUCAGUCCACACCCGAAGAUGUUGAGCUUGGUCAUCUUCUUAAAAAGCUUAAAGAUAAAUGUGAAGGUAUAUUGAAGGUUUUGGAAUCCUUUCAAUCCAAGAGUUCUGAAAAUGUGUUCAACACAGUUAUGACAUAUAUGCCCCAAGACUUUCGAGGUGCACUAAUUAGACAACAAAGAGAGCGCUCUGAGAGGAAUAAAAAAGCUCAAGUAGAUGCAAUUGUAACAUCUGGUGGAUCCAUACGCGAUAAAUAUGCUCUCCUAUGGCAUCAACAAAUGGAAAGGAGAAGACAAUUAGCUCAACUGGGUUCAGCUGCAGGUGUGUAUAAGACGGUUGUGAAAUACUUAGUAGGUGUGCCACAGGUUCUACUGGAUUUUGUAAAGCAGAUAAAUGAUGAUCAAGGGCCAAUGGAGGAACAGAGGUAUCGGUAUGGGCCCCCUAUGUAUGCCCUUACAAAUUUGGUGCUUAAUAUUCGCCUUUUCAUUUCUUUGUCAUGGUUACGCUUUCAAGAUAUUAAAUUGGAGAAGCAUCAAAUAUCUAUGUUAGAAGAAGCGAUUAAUGUCUAUACGUCUGAGUUGGAAAGAUUCUUGAGUUUCAUUGGGGAAGUUUUUGCAAAUUCUCCUUUCUUUGUUACGGCUGAGGAAGCUGGUGCAAUAGAAGCAACUAAAAAUGAUGACUAUAGAGAAACAAGUGUCCUCGCAGGGACAACUUUUGAGGUUUCAUUGGAUGUGGAAUCAGUAAAUUCAUACAUUGCUUGGGAUUUCUCCAUAGCACAAGGGAGAAUUAGCAUGAAUAUUGGAUUCAGCAUAGAAUACACAAAUUCUUCGGGACAAAAAACACUAAUCUUGCCUUAUAGGCGGUAUGAGUCUGACCAAGGUAACUUUUGUACAAUCAUGGGUGGCAAGUAUACACUGAUUUGGGAUAAUUCUUUUUCAACGUUCUUCAAAAAGGCCCUUCGAUACAAGGUGGACUGUAUAGCACCAGUUGUGGAAUCAACAGAUGAAAUGUGCAAUUAAUGCAAGGUGUAUAUAUGUAAUUAUGUAUCUUGCAAUUUAACAAGUUGUAUCUGUAAAAACCAUAAAGGGAUUGUGCACAUGUUUUAAACAACAUAUUUGGUACUAAUUCACCUUAAUACUUCUUAAA